AUGUCAUCAGACGAGAACGAAGAUUUUGAACCUCUUGUUGUUCUUCAAUUUUCAUCGUCAACACCACGUGCAACAAAAGAAUGGGUUAUCCAACGAUUAACCGCAAGUCAUAACGAUGAUCAAGGUGCAGGUUUACUUGCUCGUUAUGACACUAGUCCAGAAAGUGAUAAUAAUAUAAUUCUAAUUGGUGCUACUUUAAGCCGUUUAUUAAUUGGGGCAGAAGAAUUACGUAUUAAAAAAAAAUAUAAAAAUAAAGGCUUAACUGAAUUUCUUAUUUCGGAUAUUGAUCGUUUUGAGGGUUCAGAAAACCCCGAAAAUCUAUUGCUUAAAUCAGAAAAGCAACGAAUAAUUUGGGAAGAAAUACAAAAUUUACAUUCGAUGAUACAUGAACAUACUGUACCAGGUGUACCAACUAAGUCAAUUUCACCUAAAAAUGAUACUAUUCUUGAUAUUCUUCGUGAUCUUGAUUUUAUUGCUAAUAUUUUCCCAUUACAUGAUAAAGAAGAAAUUAAAUUAAUUGAACAUGAUUGGUUUAAAUCAAUGCGUUCAAUAUUUCAACCACAAGAUAUUCAUAAAAUUCGAAAUUAUUUUGGUGAAAACGUAGCUUUUUAUUUUGCAUUUGUGGAAUUUUAUACAUAUGCACUUAUGCCAACAGCUGUUUUGGAUUUCUUUAAAUAUUCAUCACUAUGUAUUUUUAAUGUUAUUUGGUGGACAAUAGUUAUGGAACUAUGGAAAAAUUAUACAAAUAAAUUAGCUUAUCAAUGGGGUACAUUAGAUAUAGAAAUAUUUGAACGACCUCGUUCACUUUAUUAUGGAGAUCCACAACUUUCUCCAAUUACAAAUCAAGAAGAACCGCAUUAUCCAUCAUGGAAACAUAUAUUAAAAAAAUAUUUAAUUAGUUAUCCAUUAAUGAUUGUAUGUUUAGCUUUAUCAUUAGCAAUGUAUUUUACUUAUUGUGACAUACAAAAAUCAACAGACGAAAAAUAUCCAUUCGAUGGUUCAUUAUUAUUUAUUCAUGCAAAAUCAAUUCGAAUGGCUCCAUCACUUGGCUAUUCAUUGUUGAUUGGGCCAGUUAAUUUAGCGUAUAAAAGAUUAGCAACAUUUUUAACAGAUAUUGAAAAUCAUCGUCUUCAAUCAUCCUAUGAAAAUAAUUUAACAGCGAAAUUAUUCAUCUUUUUUUUUAUAAAUUGUUUUAUUGGUUUAUUUUAUCAAUCAUUUUUUAAUGCUAACUUUGAAAAUGUCACACAAUUACUAACAUCAAUGGUUAUUGUUAAUGCUAUUCUAUUGAAGGUUACUGAACAAAUUGUUCCAUAUUUAUUGAAGCGUCAGAAAAAGAAACAAUUAGUUGAACAUCGAACAGCUGCUGAUGCUCAUGUUAGCUAUGCUGUUAAACAGUUAAAAACAUCAGUACCAUUUCAAGGAACAUAUGGAGAUUAUUUGACUAUAUUUGAACAAUAUGGUUAUGUAGCUUUAUUUUCAGCAGUAUUUCCUUGGGUAACAAUUUGUGCAUUAGUAAAUAAUCUAUUUGAACUUCGUGCUGAUGCUUUUAAAUAUUGUCAUGUUUAUCAACGUCCAUUUGCUCAACCAAGUUGGAACAUUGGCAGUUGGCAUUAUGCUUUCGAUAUAUUAAGUUCAAUAGCAAUUGUUACUAAUACAGCAUUAAUUGCAAUGCAACCAUCAGUUCGUGAAUAUUUUUCAUCAUAUACUGAUGUAGAAUAUAUAUUAAUUUUUGUUGCUGCUGAACAUAUACUUUUGGCAAUAAAAUUUGCUAUUGAUUUUGCCAUACCGGAUGUACCGUAUGAAGUUCAAAUUGAAAGAGUUAAAAGUCUCUAUGAAUCAAAUCAAGCUUUGAGACGCCAACGUGCAAAUAAAGCAUUACAAGCUCAAACAUCAAUAACCAAAUUUUAA